CUAAGAUCUUCGACAGAUGGGGUUGGAUGACCUGUCAGCGCAACGCAACGCCUCGAUACCUUCCCGUGGGUUUGGUUCGAAUCCUUCAGCCACGCACUGGGGAAGCAUGUUCUGUGAACGUAGAUUGAUGCUUGCAAAUUGUUGGUCAGACCAACUAUAUUUGCUCAGCUAUUGUUCAUCGAACCUAUCGGUUGAAGGUCUUGGAAUGAACACCGAUGCAUCAAAAAACUGAAUAAUAGCGGACAUGUGUGGUCGGAUAUGCAUCAAGGCAACCCUUUUCUGACCCAGUUCCAAGGCAGAGGAUUCAGUUUCUGCAGGCCGGGUUACGCAGGACACCACCAGCUGCACCUAAGCGUGUCAACGACGCCUAGCGGCAGGCUAAAGUACGGCCUAACUUUGACGGUUGCCAAAUUGCUCCUCGUGCAGACCGCAGAACUGCAGAACGGCAGCCCCUCCACUCUCCCGUUGCAGACAUACUGCAUACAUUGCAGAUUUGCAGGAGCAUGCUGUGCCAAUGAUCCACUGUCCAAAAACAGCCGACUUUUAAGCUGGUAUCCAAUCGUUCUCGAGCUGGCCUACCCCCUACACGUCAAAGAUACCCAAAACGGACCAUUCUGUCAUGCAGAUAAUGAUGUUUGGAUAGAGUUGCACCGCAUUAUUUUUGAUAUGGCAGGAUACAGCAAUGCAUACUUGCUUCAUUCGGGGUGUCUGGGUCGGAAGUAGACUGACCAAGACUGACCAGAGCUGACCUUAUAUCAAGGUCGCCAUGAGUUUCGCACCAUUCACUGCCAGCGUGAUAUCCACCAUAGUCAAC